GAACAAGAUCUCAAACGACCAAUCAGACUGAUGAUGCGCUUAUACCAGGGUUCCCCAAAUGACAAGGUGCUAAACAGAGGAAGGGUCAAGCCAGAACGAAUACAAGACGACGAGGCACGCUUCUGUAACAAGAGCAGUUUGGUGAUGGAGAGUGGUCUCAAUAACAGUGAGAUGAGUAACUUCUCACUACCCCCAAACGUUACGGAUCUUGGUUGGCAUCAACCACUUUGGUACAAGUACGAACAGUGUGCCGUGGGUCCGUAUGCCUUCAUCUUUUACUUCAUUGUCAAAGUUUUUAACCUGGCCUUGGGAUUCCCCGCCAACACGUUGGUGAUGUGGCGCAUAGCAAGGGGCAAAAGUGAAGCUUCCACGUCCGACGUGUUUAUCUUCAACCUAGCCGUAGUGGAUGCUUUUUUCUGCCUGAUGACGCCUGUAGAUCUGAUGAACCGCCUGUAUUUGGACAACUGGGGUGUCUGGAAGUUACAAAAUCUUUCCUACGGAAUGAAAGAUACAACACCACUGUUCUUUACCUGCAUCUGCUUGGACAGGUACAUGGCUGUCGUGCACCCUAUAGUGUUCACAAACAUCCGCGAUAACCGCAUACGCAUAGGCAUCUCAGCCUUGGUAUGGGUGAUGAUCUUGGCUUAUGCUAUCACAGAGAGCAUUUUAGGAAUACCGAGUGUGACCAAGGUGUUCAUAAGCCUCAUCUUGACUUCCUUCUUCAUCAUGGUCUUCUGCAACAUAUCGAUCAUCUGGGUGUUGCGCAAGAGUAUUGCUGGCAAAGAGACCAUGAACCCUGUGAAGAAGAAAGCCUUUAAAAUGGUGGUCAUUCUGCUGGCUAUCAUUGUCUUCAACUAUUUGCCACCAGUGGCGAUCAUGCCGUUUGCCUCCACUUUCACGUUUUUCCAGAGGCACUGCCAAAUCAGUGUAUCGAUCUACUCUAUCAUGGACUUGAGCAGCACAAUUGAUCCGAUACUUUACAUCUCCAAGACGGACAGAAAAAACUUCUACUGCUGUCUGAAGGGAAAUGCAAACAACCCGGAAAAAAAUGUCAAUGUGUAA